AUGCCUCGCCUGUUGCAGGAUGAGUUUGAGGUUGCCAAGGGGCUGACCAUCAGCGGGCAGCAGGUGGUGGACACCCUCACCCCACUCAUGACGCAGGACAGGAUCCAGCGCAUCGAGCGGGUCUGCGCUGCCCGCACCUUCAACGUGCUGCCCAUUGUGGAAAGCAUCUACGACAUGGGAAACCUGGCCGCGGUGUGCCGCAGCGCCGACGCCCUGGGGUUUGGCGCGCUGCACGUCAUCCGCAACACGCGGGACGAGCGGUACAAGCAGAGCACGCGCAGCGCAGCAGGCGCCGACAAGUGGCUCGAUGUGCAAGUCUUCAACAGCACCGAGGAGUGCGUGCUCAACGCCAAGAGGCUGGGGUACCAGGUGGUGGCCACCCACCUGAGCCCGGAUGCUGUGGACAUCAGCCAGAUCGACUGGACCCGCCCCACGGCGUUCAUCAUGGGCAACGAGAAGCGGGGCGUGAGCUGCGAGGCUGUGGCGCUGGCCGACGCCUGUGCCGUGGUGCCCAUGGUGGGGUUUGUGGACAGCUACAACCUGUCCGUGGCGGCGGCGCUCAUCAUGUACGAGGCGCGACGCAUGCGGGAGCAGGCGCUGGGGUGA